CCAUAUGUUGGGUAUCUAGAAAUUACAUAUACAAAACUCAUUAUUUAUAUUUAUAAUAUCGAUAAUAUUAUUUUUAUUUCAUCGCGUCACUUUGCAAAGUUGGAGUUCUUCCAUUUCGUUUAACCUAGCACAAUCUGCCGCCGCCGCCACCGUAAUUCAAGCCCUCCGCUGGAACGGUUUUUGUUAUCCAGUCUGGUUUAUUGACCUUGUGAAAUCGGAUCAAAUGGAGGAUGAUUGGGAGGAAGAGAAGUUGGCACCUAUUGAACUUAAGUUACAAGAGCCGCCUAAACUUAAAUGGGAAGAUGAAGAUGUUGAUGAAGAUGAUGUUAAGGAUUCUUGGGAGGAUGACGAUGAGCCCGCUCCUGCACCUGCAGCACCUGCAGUAAAAACAACUGAAAAGGCUCCUAAAAAAUCUUCUGAAAAAGCUACUGAUAAGAAGGGUAAGAAAGUAGAACCAGUAAAGGAAGAACCACUGGAUCCUCUAGCUGAAAAACUUCGCCAACAAAGACUAGUUGAAGAAGCAGAUUACAAGUCAACUAAGGAAUUGUUUGGUGGGGCCAAUGAUGAAAAGAACAUCGAUACUUUCAUACCGAAAUCUGAGGGUGAUUUCUUGGAGUACGCAGAGCUCAUCUCACACAGGCUUCGUGCUUUUGAGAAAAGUUAUCAUUAUAUGAAUCUACUGAAGUCUGUAAUGAGAAUAUCCAUGACUUCUCUAAAAGGAGCCGAUGCCAAAGAUAUUGCAUCUUCCGUAACUGCCAUUGCAAAUGAGAAGAUUAAAGCAGAGAAGGAAUCCAAUGCUGGUAAAAAGAAGACAGGUGGCAAGAAAAAACAGCUUAAUGUUGACAAGCCAGAUGAAGAUUUUGUUGCCGCUGAUCGAUACGAUGCUUUGGAUGAUUUUGAUUUCAUGUGAAAACUGUUGAUUGUCUUAGUAACGGGCUUCAACUGUUUCUACAUUGGAAAUUGGGACAAGACCCUUCGGCAUAACCUUGUUCAAAAUUGAAGAGUUCUGUCCUGUAUUUUGUCCAAUAAGAGUGUGCAUCAGUAGUGUCUUUUCUUUACAUUUUUGUCACCAUUAUACUUGGAAGUUGGUUGAUCUUUCACUAGAUGAUUUAUACAGGUUAAAAGUUUGAAGAUGAAUGUGUAUUAAACAUUGGAUAUUGCUUUUACCUUGGGUACAUUCAUGUUGGAUUGUAAGAAUAGAACAUGCUUUGGCU